UUUCUUUUUAUCUUCCCAGACCGGGGAACUUGAAGCAACCAGGAUAUCAAAAGGGAAUUUUUGAUAGUCAGGACAAUGGAACCCCUGAGGGAGAGGAUCAAACGGCUCUUAACGUUUGCCACGGGACUAUUUGAGUGCAUUGGCUUCGCAGGCGUGAUCUUUGGCUGGGCAUCACUCGUUUUUGUGCUGAAGAAGGAGAAAUAUUUCGCCAACCUCUGCUACCCUCCGCACAAUGCCAGCUACCAUGGAGCUGAAAAUGGCACCAUGCACUGUGAUCCCCAGGAUGAACGCUUCACCCUCAUCUUCACUCUGGGAUCCUUCAUGAACAAUUUUGUGACGCUGCCAUGUGGCUUCUUGUUCGACCACUUCGGUACCAUGGCAACCCGCUUCCUUGGCAUCAGUCCGUCUUUCACCUUCAGGAGGUAUACCAGGACCAACAGACAGAGGGAGACAAACUGAUUCGGCACCGCAGUCUAGACAGUCAAUUUCUGUAUCAAUUUCCCUAUCUCUGCCCCCAAUAAAACAUAACACUUAACAGGUGGCAAUCAGCUGUGAGCAAAUCUAUGGUACCUGGUAAAGACAUAGGCCUCCCUAUUAUUACUUCGAAGGGACUAAGGCCGGUAGUUCUGUUUGGGGUCACUCGUGUAUUGCACAGGACGAUGGGUAAUGCUUGGGGCCAAGGUCUCUGUUCUUGAUGAUACUUUGCAAGCCUCUGUUUAAGGGUUCUAUUGGUGCGCUCUACCUGCCCUGAGGUCUGGGGGUGAUUUGGACAGUGUAGAUCCCAUUUAAUCCUGAGUAGCCUGCAGACCUCUUCAUAUACUGUGCCAGUGAAGUGGGUGCCUUGAUCUGAGUCAUUGCAGCUCGGGAGACCCCAUCGAGGGAUAUGGUCUUUACAGAGGACUUUGGCUGCAUGGCUAGCAGUGGCCCUCCCAGUGGGAGAGGCUACUACCCACCUUGAGAAUCUAUCCACAAUAACCAAGACCUCUGAAUACCCCUGACAUUUUGGUAAGGAAAAAUAGUCAGCCUGCAGGUGUUGGAAGUGGAUGGUGUGUCUCAGUUGAAGCAUCCCUGCAGUGGGUGUGGGGUUGUUCUUUUGACAUGUCAUGCACCUAUCUACUACUGACUGGGCAUGAGUUUUAAAUCCCCUUCCCCACCAACUUCUUUGAAGCCUAGCUUGUCAUCUGUGGGGGACCUAGAUGUCCCCAGGAGUGGAUCUGUUGAGCCAAGAAAGGCAAUUGCGCUUAUGGUGCCACUGGUUUAUUGGUCCCCUUCUGUCUCCAGAGACCAUCCUCGCACAACUUCAAUCCUGACUCAAUCUGUGUCCACUUCUCUUCUCGAGAGCAUUGCUGUUGCAUAGUUUUUAUGUCCUGUAGUUUGUUUGUUGUGGUCU